UUUGCAAUAUUGCAUUGCAUGAAACUACGUAAUAGGAAACCAGUGCAUGCACAAAUUUUCCAAAAAAUGCUUACAUAGAUUAUGAUCAAAACAAAUUGAAGAAAAAUGAAUCUUCCAUCCACUAUUCCUCUAGCACUUCCAACCUAUUUAUUCAUUUCGUUUGUUCUAGUUAAUUGCUACCAUGCUGAGGCUACAAAUGGAGACGACAUGGUUAUAUCUAUAGGAGCAAUAAUUGAUGUUAACUCUCGGGUUGGGAAAGAACAGCUUGUAGCCAUGGACCUUGCAGCUCAAAGUCACAAUAACACUUCCAAGAGCCACAAGAUGGCCCUUCAUUUUCAGGAACCCACCAAAGAUCCCUUCGGACCCACUUCUCUUGCUAGAAAUAUGAUUAAAACACAGAAGGCGCAAGUGAUUAUAGGGAUGCACACAUGGACAGAAGCAGCUUCAGUGGCUGAAUUAGGACGCGAAACUCUAGUUCCUGUCAUAUCCUUUGCAGCACCUACCAUCACCCCACCAUUGAUGCCAACUCGCUGGCCUUUUUCGGUAAGAAUGGCCAACAAUGGUACUGCAUAUGCAAAAUGUGUUGCAGAUGUAGUACAUGCUUAUGGUUGGCAAAGAGUAGUAGUCAUUUAUGAAGAUGGAGAUUAUGAGAUGCUAGCUUUGCUAUCUGAGACCCUCCAAGAAGUUGGUUCAAUGAUUGAGUACCGUUUAGCUCUUCCAUCGCCUUCUUAUCUACCUAAUCCUGGAGAGUUUAUUCGCGAAGAGUUGUAUAAUUUGAUUAAAAAUAUACAAUCCCGGGUGUUCAUUGUUCUGCAAUCAUCAUUAGAAAUGGUGAUCCAUUUGUUCAGAGAAGCUUCACACAUGGGACUUGUGGAAAGAGAAUCAGCUUGGAUAAUCCCAGAGAGCAUAACUAAUUUGCUUGACACUGUCAACAAGUCUGCUAUUUCCUACAUGGAAGGAGCUUUAGGAAUCAAGACCUACUACUCUAACCAUAGCAAUGAAUAUCAAGACUUUGAGGCUCAGUUCCGAAAAUCUUUUCGGGCCAAGUAUCCUGAGGAGGAUAACUGUGAUCCGGGAUUUUACGCUCUGCAAGCAUAUGAUAGCAUUAAAAUUGUUGCGCAAGCAAUAGAUAGAACGGCCAGUGGCAGAAAGACUUUGCUAACAGAAAUACUAUCUAGCAAUUUCCCUGGCUUAAGUGGAGAAAUUCGAUUUGAAGCAGCCCAACUCUUGCAGAAUCCUACCUUCAGGAUGGUGAAUGUAGAUAAGAAGAGUUACAGAGAAUUAGACUUUUGGACUCUAAAACGCGGGUUCAUCACUAGCCUCACUACAGAACAAGGUUCAGAUAGUGUUUCUAGGAACACAGAGAGUUUACGUGGUGUAAUAUGGCCAGGGAAACUAGUUAGAUUUCCGAAGGGCUGGAAUCUGCCUACUAAACAAAAUCCAAUGCAAAUAGCAGUUCCUGGAAGAACCUCCUUUCCCGCGUUUGUUAAGGUUGAUCGUGACGAGCAUCAUAAUUCAUAUAAAUUUGAUGGAUUCUGCAUUGAACUUUUUAAUAAGGUGAUAGGGAUUUUGGAGUAUGAUCUGCCGCAUGAGUUUCAUCCCAUCAACGGAACCUAUAACGAUCUGGUUCAACUUGUCUAUAACAAGUCUUACGCGGCAGCUAUUGGAGACGUGACCAUAACAGAAGACAGAUUGCAAUAUGUAGACUUUACUGCGUCAUAUGCAGAAUCAGGAUUGUCAGUGAUAGUUACAGAAGAGUUCAAAGCACCGACAUGGAUGUUUACGAAGCCCUUCACCUGGCAAAUGUGGUUGGCAACUGGUGCCGUGUUGAUUUAUACAAUGGUAGUUGUGUGGUACCUUGAGAGGGAACCCAAUCCUGAGUUUCAUGGCAAUUUGAAAAGCCAGAUCAGCACUGCUCUUACGUUUACCUUCUCCUCUCUAUUCUUUGCUCACAGGGAGAAAAUCUAUAGCCACUUAUCUCGCAUGGUGAUGGUAUCGUGGAUGUUUCUAGUAUUGAUUCUUAGCUCAAGCUACACUGCUAGUCUUUCUUCGAUUCUCACAGUUCAACGACUGCAACCAACUGUGACAGACAUCCAGAUCCUGAAGAACAACAACAAGAAAAUUGGUUGUGACGGAGAUUCAUUUGUUAGGACAUACCUGGAGGAAGUCGAAAAGUUCAAGCCAGAGAACAUCAUAAACAUUGGCAGUGAAAACAGUUAUGAGGAUGCAUUCAAAAACAACUCAAUAGCAGCUGCUUUUCUCGAACUCCCUUAUGAGAAAGUAUAUAUCAGUAAAUACUGCAAGGGAUACUAUGCCUUUGUAAUCAACAAAAAAUUUGGAGGACUGGGAUUUAUCUUCCAGAAAGGCUCACCAGUGGCCAGAGAUUUUUCCAAAGCUAUACUGCGUCUCUUGGAGGAUGGAACAGUGAAGGAAUUAGAAGACAAAUGGUUGAAACCUGAUGGAGACUGCCACAAUAAUUCGACCUCACAGGGUACAGAAAGUUUGAGGCUUGAAAGUUUCUGGGUUCUGUAUGUGAUCUAUGGUGCCACUUCUACUUUUUGUUUUCUACUUCAUACAAUCCAGUCGCUGAAAUCUAGACAAACAACCCGGGAUGAGGCACGAGAAGGUAAUGCCAACCCAGGUGAGGAAAGCCGAUGAAAAACGAUAGUUAUAAUAGCCAAGCAGAUUUAUAGCAGAAAUAAUGCAACAGCGACACCCGUGCAUCACUAGCCACAGGCUCCACAAUUGCCAGAUAUGGUAACAGUGUAUUCACCCCCAACGGUUACUAGUCGCAGCUCUUAAUCAACUAGCAGCUUUUUCAUCUCUAGAUCUAGGAAGGUAACUUACGAAGAAAAGUAUUUCAGUUAUCCUGCUUUUGUACCUUGGUCACUAACUUUUUAAAAAUUCUAAUCAUAUACUGAACUUCAGAAGUUAUAUGAACCAUGUAAGAUUGACAUCGUUAAGGGCAAAUGUACGAAGAACCUGACCAUUUAAUUUCAUGUUGCUUGAAACGGGUAACAUCCAUACUAGGAGAUACGGUCUUCAUUAAAAUGCACUCGUCAUUAAAAUUACAUGCAUACAUACGAACGAACAUAAGUUCCGUCAGCUAGUCCCAUCUGCUGCUUGCAACAAAUGGAUUGGAAAAUGAUCAAUAACUCGGCAUUCUAAAUGAACAACCUUUGUAAAAAGUACACGACUAAAUUAAAAUUUCAUCAUCCUCUA